UAUCAGAGUCAACAUUUAUAAGAUUUCUUUUUUAAAGGUGUAGAUUGCUUGGAGGAAGAUAGUUUGAAAAUAAGCUGCAUGUUUGUGCCGAGUUACUGAAGACAGCUGAUUUUUUCUUUCCAAACACGAUCUGUCAUCAUAAAGAAGAAGCGCCAAAAUCCUCGUCAAAGUGCCGCUUAAGUGGAACUGUUUAUCCUAGAAACGAUGUCACUUGUCUGAGCCAUCAGAUGCUAGUAGUUACGAUUCAAUUUUAGUGAUACUCCAAAAGAUAGGACGAAAAAGCAUACAAAAGAUGAACAAUUUGUACCCACACUGUGUAGUAUAACUUGGACACUGAGAUUAGUGUACAUAUCAAACGACGCGAGAAACAACUAACAAUGGAGCUACCCUCACGCAAAUGUGUGUUAUAAAAACAGCAGUACCGCUAAAAAUAUAAAAAAUACAUAUAGAGAUAUUAACUAGAUCAAACAUGGCAGAUGAACGCAAAACGGAACUAACGUCAAAAAGUUUUUCUAUAAGCAGUAUUCUCGCUAAAGACAAAGACAAUGAGAAACCACCCAAGGAGAAGAGUCAAUUAGUGGACGGAGAUUCUCCUGCUAUUGUGUCAAAACUAGACUUACCCCUGGUACCCGAUCAUCCAUCGCCCCGGGGAUACCCCCCAGUGUCAGAAGCUGGAAGUGGGGGUACGUUUGGGCUGCACCCCCUACCCUCUUGGUAUCAUUGGUACACAGCCGGCCAACAGUUUCUUCAUCAACUUCAUCAGGAGAACCUAUCACAAGCAUCCAGAAUUGUCUCGAAGGUGACACAGCCAACCGAUCUGUCGCCAAUAUUCAGGAACAGUUCGUGUAAUGUCAAGUCCUCGAUUAAUAAAGAAGUCACCGAAGUACUUCUUUCGCCUCCCGAGUCUCCUUGCCCGGAUACGGAAACAAACGACUCAAAAUCCGAUGAUGAGCAGAAGGUAUCGGACAGUCAACAGUCAUGUGACUUGACAGACGAUGACAAGAAGAACCGAAGGAAAAAGAAAACAAGGACGGUGUUUUCUAGAAGUCAGGUGUUCCAACUAGAAUCCACAUUUGAUAUGAAAAGGUAUCUCUCGAGUUCAGAAAGAGCCGGACUCGCUGCCUCCCUACAGCUGACUGAAACACAGGUAAAAAUCUGGUUUCAAAAUAGGAGAAAUAAAUGGAAGCGCCAGCUAGCGGCCGAAUUAGAAGUGGCCAAUAUGUCGCAUGUGGCGGCUGGACACAGACUUGUCCGCGUUCCUAUCCUUUACCAUGACACCCCAUCAUCUUCUCAUGCCACUUCGUCGCAGGAAACAUCUUCUGGAUGUCUCAAUUCGUCUCUAGCUCACGCCAGCUACAGAGAUUCCAUGUUCCUUUCAGCAGGGUACACACAGAUGUCUCCAGCCAUUAGGUCCUCCAUGACUGGCAUGGUCUAGACAAAGAACCAACACUGAAACUGUUAAGCUUGAUCUUUGUUCCUAUGGAAACAUGUUUACUGAAACAAGUGUGAUAUGGACAUUUAAUACAUCACUAUAAACCAGAGUUGUUUGAAGAGAGGGGGCUUCACUAUUUGGUAAUAAAAACACUUACUUUGUCUUGUUCUUCUAUGUGCAUAACAUGGUGAAAAUGAAAGAUGCUAGUUCAAAUGAUGAAAUUCUUUGUCGAAAAGGAUUGCCAUAAGAAAAUGUUUUGCAAGUAGACAUUGGGGAAACGGUUUCUGCUUUAUCUACAUACAAGACUUGCUAGUGGUAGUAUUUCCUAAAACCGAAGUAACUACUUGAAACGAAACUUUCAUUGGCAAAAUGAUCUUAAGGUGAAAGAUUUCAGCAUGCUAGAAAUGGAGAACAAAAUCCUGUGUAAUAUGCGUACAGAUAACAGUUCUGGAUGUUGCUAUGCGCAAAUUUAAUCUGGUAUGAUGUAUUUUUAAGACAAUUGGGCAAACUGGACCAAGUGUAGGCUUCGACCCCUGUCGAUGCAACCAAACAAACAAUACAUGAUAUGUGUCGAUGGUGGGGAGUAGUGUAACAAACACAAGACAGAAGUGAGGAUCUGGACGAUUGCCAUUUAACAUUUGACACAAUAUUUUCAAUUUGAUUAGAUUUGGUACCCGUGAGGUAGAUAUAUACUGACUUGCACAUUUCCUCUUGUAAUCCCGAUUGACAAGACACUGAGGUUGAUGUGUGAAGUCUGGAAACAAUGUGUUGUUUAUUUAGUACUGUUAGCGUGUUAUUGUGGAUUAAUAUUGGCAGAUUGGCAGCUCUAAUUUAUUACUACAAUCUUAUCCUUCAUAUACCAAUACAUGAAACAUGUCGACAAAGUUUACAAUGGCAGAAAAUAUAUAUCGUCCUAACAUCCUAUAUACAAUACUUAUAAUAAUUGACAAACGUGUUUAAAACCCUUAAAGACGUUUAUUUCUAACUAAAAAAACAACCAUAUAGACAUAUUGAUUUGUUAUUUUUGCAAUCUUAAUUAAGUAUUGAAUAGCAAUGUGAUGGCCAAUAUCUUUUUGUAUUCUUUGAGGCCAAAUUAUUUCAAAUUUUUGAUCCCUCUAUGUUUAAAUGAUUCUGACAAAGAAAUUUCAGUUGUUCUUUAAUCUCAUGAUUAUUUCAAUUCAAUAUCGUUGUUGAGGUUUUUUCCUAUUAUAUGCUAUCCUAUAAAGGUAUCAAUCGAAAGUAUAUGAAUUUUUAGAUAUAAAAAAUCUGAUGAUUAUUUAAAUCUAGCAGCCACACAUUCAAAAUCACUUGAUUCAUUUUCACAACGCUAGUUGAAAAGCAAAACUCGUGUUUAAUUUUGUUUUUAUUUUAUUUUGUUUACCACUUUUUAUCAAAUUUUGUUUUAUUUUGUAAGUUGUUGUCAUUUUAAUUAUAUUUAUUUCAUGUUUAUGACACUCUUUAUUCAUUUCUAGUCGUAAUGUGAUUUUCUUGCCACAAUGAAUAAAAAUUGAAUCAAACACUG